UUCAUUUAGUUGGAGCCGCUGCCGCUCCGCCGUCGCCCCGGCCCGUGUGCUUGUCGGCCGCCCGAGAGCCGAAUAAUUUGCGCACGCCACAAAGUAACGCAACAUGCACUACGGCAUUCUCCUUGCUUUUCUCGCCUCCAAUUGUUGUUGUAACUCGCGAUAGAGAAAAGGCCGUUAAAACGCCAGCAUCGACGAGAGCAUGGCUGCAGCGCUGAGAUGCGGAAGACGGCUGCUGAACCUCCGAAAUCAAGCCCUCGCCAAUGUACCAAAAAGAUGCGAGGGUGGCUUCUAUGUACUCCUGCCAGAAAUUGGAGAUAUACCAGACAAGUAUCCUCUGUUGAAAGAGGAAACUAUGUUACCAGAGUUUAAUCAUUUUACCAUAGAAAAAUGCUUUGCAGCUAUUGGAAAGCAGGCCUUAGAACUUGAACAAAUUGUUUCAAAAUUUGAAAAUGAUUUAGAUACAUUAGAAGAUAAAGACAUCUUUAAAGAUGUUCUUGAACCUAUUGAAAAUAUGGAAAUGCCCUUGCAAAUGACUCUUGGGAUCUCAAAGGUCUUAUAUUAUGGUAAUCAGUCUCUUAUGCCAACAAAAUACUACUUGAGCAUUCACAAAAGAGCAUGGGCUGCAGUUUGUCACAAAUUUUAUAAUAAAAACAUUUAUGAAGCAUGCAAGAAAGUAUUAGAAACUAAAAAAAAUUUAACGGAAGAACAAGAGCGCAUUUUAAAAAAAUAUGUUCUGGAAGGAAAAUUUUAUGGGUUGGAGCUCAAUGAAAGUGAAAGAAAAAGAUUGCAUCGUCUAAUAAAUCAAAUUAAUAACAGCAAGGAAGAAUUCAGACAAAAACUUGAAAUAGGCACAAAUAUGUUUAAACACAAAAUUACAGAUCCACACCAAGUAAAAGGUUUGCCAGAUAGUUUUUUAAAACAAAUUGCUGCUGAUCCCAAGCAAUUUGACUCAGGUCCAUGGAUUAUCACUUUAAAUCCAGAAAUAGUAAAAAAAUUCUUAGAGUAUUGUCCAGAUCCAAUGUUGAGAUGGAAUAUUUGGCUUGCAAACAAUUUAAGAUGUUCAAAGUAUGGAGAUGAUUCUAUACAAACUAGUUCACUUGUGGAUAACAUUUCAGCUGACAAAACAGCAAUGGCAAAAAUGUUAGGUUUUAACAAUUAUUCUGAAAUGAGUAUGGCUACAAAAAUGGUUGGUAGUUUGGAGAAUGUACAUAAAUUCAUGAACACACUUUUACAAGCAGCCUAUCCACGUCAAGUUGAAGAAAUGAACCAACUGAGUGAAUUUGCUCAAGAACGUGGUUAUGACAAAAUUGAGCAGUGGGAUGUUCCAUAUUGGGCAAGAAAACAAAGAAAAACCAUCUAUAACUAUGACGAUGAAACUCUUCACGAGUAUUUUCCAUUACCCAACGUACUCCAAGGACUAUUUGAUCUAACCAAGCGAUUAUUCAACGUUGAAAUAGUCGAGCGUGAGCGUGUCGAUGUAUGGCACCGGAAUGUCCGUUUCUUUGAUGUCUAUGAUCUCGACAUAUCGACCACAGACAACAUUGGCAGCUUUUAUCUCGAUUCUUAUGCUCAGAGCGGCAAUCAAGACGACGGUUAUGUGCUUUUGUUGAGAAAUAAGAGCCAGGUUCACAAUAACAAGGCACUUUCUUCAAUGAUCAAUAAUUUCGAGAGGCCAGGAAAGGACGGCGGGCCGUCCUUCAUAUCGUUCGCAGCUGUACAGUUGCUUUUUGGAAAUUUUGGACACUUGUUGCAACAAAUUCUGACUCGCGUUCGUUCGUCUGAAGUGGCUGGACUAUCAAAUGUAGAAUGGGACGCAACUGGACUUAGCAGAAGUCUUAUGGUUAAUUUUGCAUUCGAAGGGGAAGUACUUCGAAGCAUAAGUUCUCAUUAUGAAACAGGAGAACCUUUGAAUGACCAGAUGAUUCAGAGUAUUAUAUCGUCCAGAAAUCACUUGGCCGGUUACCGGCUUUGCCAAGAAUUGUAUCUGUCGAAAUUUGACUUAGAACUACAUUCGCAAAUGAGGCCGUGGGAAAAAAUUAUGAAACAAGUAUGGAAGGAACAUUUUGUUUUUCCUGAAGAUAAAAAAGAUUCUCAUCCUUGUUCAUGGGACGAUGUUUUCAUUAGCGAUUUUGGUGCAGCUUACUAUUGCGAUCUAUACUCAAGAAUGUUGGCCGCCGAUGCUUAUAACGCCUUCCGAGAGGUGCCAGGUGAUGACGAAGUAGAGAGGCGUAAAAUUGGCCUACGAUUUAAGGACACAGUACUGUCUCUGGGCGGUAGUGUACACGCUAGUGAAGUAUUCCGACGAUUCCGUGGUAGAGACCCUUGCGAGAAAGCUUUUAUUAAGAGCCUCGAACUCGAUUAAGGUACAAGAGAGCAGAUUCGUUGACCAUUGAGGGUCAGAGUGGUGAUUUGCUGAAUGGAUGCAGAAAGUCUGAGAUCUUAAUCUCACUUGUUACUGUUGUUACUCGAAUGAAAAUGUAUUCUAAACAAUGCAUUUUCUUUGUUUGUGUUUUAAAUGUUAUCUUGAGCUAAUUUGCGAAUACUUCGAAUGAGUGCUUGAUACAAAGCCUUCUACUCAUAAAAUUAUUUAUAGUUUUUCUCGAUGCUUUCGCGGUUAUUAUUUAAUGAACCAAGUUCCUUAAAUUACAGUAAUUGUACAUGUACAUAGUAUAGUUAUAAAGUCUUUUACAACAUUUAUAUUUAUGAUUGAAUUGUAUAAUUCUUCUCUACGCGAUAUUUUUAUGUUUGCAAGAAAUAAAUUAUAGUUUAGUUACUUGAAAAAAAUCGAUAACAUAUCGAAAUAAAACAGAAUUUCUCAUUGAUAUAGUAAUACCGCGAAGACGUUGAAAAAUUCUUGUGAUUGAUUUUACAUUUUUAUAAGUGAAAUAUUUAAAAGGAUGAAUUUCGUAUACACAUUCGUGAAAGAUUAAAUUUUGAUUGUGAUACAUUGCAACGAUUUUUUUUUCAAAAUCACUGAUUAAAUUAUAAGGUUUAAAAAUUCACUGAUGAAUGUAAAAUGUAUUUGCUAAUGUACAUAUAAAUGACUAUUACGAAGUUGUGUUGAUUCAUUGUAAUAAAUAAUUGAUACUUUAUAAAUGACUUAGAUUGAAUAA